UUGAAUUGCUGAAAUCUUAAAUUAUAUAGUUAAAAUAAUGUUGAGUGAUGCACUGAUAGUUGAAUGUUGUUACGUAUUUGACAUUAGUGUGCAAYUUCCGUUUGUCAGUAAACGUCUCUGCGACCAUUUUUAUCGGUGUUAAUUACUCGUAGGUCGUGUGCAGUACUAGCAGACAAAAUAUCGUUAUAUCCUCUAUCCAGUCCGCCGAUCCGUUUUUGUUCGGUCACUUAAUCUCGACGGGUGAAUUCAAACAGGAUCAUGUCAGCUUUGGAUUCAACCUCAGUUUCCAAAUAGGAUUCAGAUGUAAAUCCUAGACCAACUUAAAAUUCAACAAAUUAUGAACAACAACAUAGUCCAAGGUCAAAAUGACCAGCAUAAAAUCAUAAGAACAAGUCCAUUAGUAGCUGAAGUAACUAUUAUUCAAUCUGAUUUAACACCAUCCAAAAACCAAAAGGAAAAAGCACAGCCAAGUACUUUUAAUAUUAAAGAACAAUGGAGAAAAAAACAAAAAUCACCUAAUAGGUCAGAACAGUGGGGAAAAAACCUUAAUUUAGAAAAUAAACAAGAGAGUUGGAGAGGCAAAAAAUUUGAGCCACAUGAAUAUUUUAAUUACGGCAAAACUGAAAAAAAAAAUAUACACAUUGAAAAUAGUCAAGAACAUUUAAAUUUCAAACAAAACACUGAAAAAAGACAAAAUAUAAGGGAAGAAAAUAAAUAUAAGCUAAAUGAAUGUUCUGAUAAUGGAACAAACGAUAAAAAAAGUAUAAAUAAGUUUAAUUUUGGAUUUAUACGCCUUGUAGAAUUAUGUAGUAAAGAUCCAUCUGAAAUUGUAUUUGUGCUGUCAAAUAAAGUUAAUGGAUUCAUGGACUUAUUCAAACAAAAUAAAGAACCAGAUUGGAUUUUUUUGCUUAUGAAAGUAUCAGCUAAGAUUUGUUCUACUGAAUUAAUACAAAAUAAACAUUUUUUACUAACAGAAAUUAUGGGCAAUCAAUUUUUUGAUCAUUUAAAAGCAUAUAUAUUUAGCACACCAACUGAAAAAAAUAUUAAACGAUGCAACAAUAUGAGUUCAUUUUAUGAAUACUGUUUUGUUGUUUUUCAAUCUAUCACUACAUUAUUUCCGAAACAAGCAGAAGAAAUAUUAAAUGAGUUAAUAAUAAUUAGUAAUAUUUCCAUAAAUGUUAUUAAUAGCUAUUGUAAACAUAUUGAAAUUGACAAAGCUACUAUGAUUGGAAUUAAUGAUCUGCUAAAAAAUCUCAUCAAAACUAAGUUACCUGAGGACUUAAAAUUGAAAGAAACAAGCAAACAUGUUGCACAAUCCAUGCUUCAACCUGAAAAUAUCAGAGAACUAACUGUGUAUCCAACUGCAAUGGAUUUUGAAUAUGGAGAUCCAUUUUUACGACCUAAUAUCUCUAAAGGAACUUUUCAGAAUGUAGAACAUUAUUUAGAUAUUCAAUUUCGUUUAUUACGUGAAGAUUUUAUUGCACCACUACGAGAAGAUAUACAAUAUUAUAAAGACACAAUAAAUAAUCAAUGUCAAAAAAAAAUGCACAAUAUUCGAAUUUAUAGCGAUGUUGAAUUUGAAAAAAAAUGUGAAUUUGGUCGUGAUGAAUAUGGUUAUCUGGUAAACUUUGACAAAAAAAAUAAAUUAAAAGUGAACUGGGAAAUUACAAAACGAUUUAUGCAUGGUUCUUUAUUACUAUUUUCUGGAAAUAAUUUUAAACAUUUUUUUUUGGGUACUGUGAAAGAGCGAAAUAUUGAACUUUUGACAGAAGGUAAGUUAAUUGUGCAAUUAUUAGAAGAUGCAAAACCUAUAUUUAAUAAAUCAGUCACUAUGGUAGAAAGUAAACUAUUUUUUGAACCAUAUAAAUGUUCUUUGGAAGUUCUUAAAAAUAUCAAUACUCAUAAAUUCCCUAUGGAAAAGUAUAUAAUAUCAGCUUGUAGUAUGAUAGACUAUCCAUAUUAUAUUGAUGAGUUACCUGAAAACACCUACUAUGCAAUUGAUGAUUUUGUUGAAUUCCAUGUACUGAGUCAAAAUGAUUGGCCUACUAAAGAACAGCUAGGACUUGAUGAAAUGCAAUUUGGAGCAUUUAGAGCAGCAUUGACACAAGAAUUUACAGUUAUUCAAGGGCCACCUGGUACAGGAAAAACAUUCAUUGGUUUGAAAAUUAUGAAAACAAUUAUAAGUAAUUUAUAUGAGAAGCCAUUUCUCACAAAACCUAUUUUAGUAAUAUGUUACACAAAUCAUGCUCUUGACCAAUUUAUGGAAGGCAUAUUGAGUUUUACAGACAAAGUUGUCAGAAUUGGUGGUCAAUCUAAAUCAAAAAUAUUAGAAAAAUACAGUUUAAGGAAUAUAUCUAAUACUCAUAGAAGGACCCAAACUACUUAUACAUGUCUAAGAAAUAUUAAAAAUCAAGUAAAAAGUAUUAUGAAUAAUAUUAUAUAUUUUAAGAAAUGUAGUGAAGUGAUAUCUGAUAAUGCUGGAAUAUUAGAGUUAUCUUUAUUGAAAAUAUGUAUGCCUGAUCGAUACCAUUGGUGUUUUAAAACCACAUUAGAUCUUCUUUCUUGGUUGUUUCAAGAUUUUGAUUACUUUAGUGUAGACCCAGUUGGCUUUAUAACUGGAAUUAGCAAUGAGUUAAUUAAUAAAGUUUUUCAUUCAAAAAAAUUGUUUGAAAUUAAAAAAGAAGACAAUAAUGAGACAAUACAAUAUGAACUUGAUGACUUAGAUCUAGAACACAAUCAUAAAGAUAUUGAUAUUUAUAGUAUAACAUUAGAUAACAUAAAAAAAGCUUGCAAAGAACUACUAGAAGAGACUAUAAGAUUAGAGAAUCAAUCAAACAAAAGUGUACAUUCUUUUAAUGAUAUUGAAGAGGCCAAAUUCAAUUUUAGUGUGAUGGAAAAUAUACAUGAUUAUUUAGAUAAUAUGUUGAAUAUAGCUGGUGAUGAUAAAAUACUACCACAAACAAUUAAAAAUUUAAAUUCACUAAAUAUGAGACAAAGAUGGUCUUUAUAUUUCCAUUGGGUAAAAGAAACAAAAGACAUGUUCAAUCAAAAAAUAAUAUAUUCUGAGCAAAAAUAUACACAACUCUAUAAUCAUUAUGCUGAAUUAAGAGAGUUGGCAAACGUAGAGCUUUUAAGCAAGAUGCAUGUAGUAGCAUUAACAACUACAGGGGCAGCUAAAUACAGAAUAAUGCUUGAAGGGUUAGAGUCACCAAUUGUUGUUGUUGAAGAAGCUGCUGAAGUUUUGGAAGCACACAUUGUUUCAUCUUUAACAAGUCAUUGUCAACAUCUAAUAUUAAUUGGUGACCACAAGCAACUACGUCCUAGUAAUGCAGUUUAUAAAUUGGCAAAAGAUUUUAAUUUUGAUAUUUCGUUGUUUGAACGUAUGGUCAAUAAUGAUGUACCUUGUUACACGUUAAGUGAACAACAUAGAAUGCGCCCUGAAAUAUCAUCUCUUAUUGCUCCAUCAAUAUACACUGAAUUGAAGGACCAUAUUUCUGUUUACAAUAGAGAACAUAUUCGUGGUGUUACUAAAGAUGUAUAUUUCUUGAAUCAUAAUAUGUAUGAAAACGAAGUUGAGGAAAGUUCAAGCAAAAGCAAUGAACAUGAAGCUAGAUUUUUAAUUAUGUUUGCCAAACAUUUAAUAUUACAAGGAUAUAAAACUGAUCAAGUUACAAUUUUAACAACAUACAGUGGUCAACUAUCUUUAAUUUGUUCGUUGAGAAAAAAACAUUCAAUAUUAGAAGGAAUGAAGAUCACAGUGGUAGAUAAUUAUCAAGGUGAAGAAAGCGAUAUAAUAUUGCUAUCACUGGUCAGAAGUAAUGAAAAGGGAAAUGUAGGAUUUUUGAAAACUGAAAACAGGAUAUGUGUUGCAUUGUCAAGAGCUAAGAAUGGACUUUAUAUAAUGGGUAAUAUGGACAAUCUGUGUAAUUCUGGAAAUUUAUGGAAACAAAUAAAAGAAACAUUAAUAAAUCAGGGUUCAUAUGGUGAUGAAUUGACUUUGGAAUGUGUCAUUCAUUCUGGCGUUACAACAAAUGUUGCGAAAAGUGAAGAUUUCAAUACAAUUCUAGAGGGUGGUUGUCCCAUGAUGUGUAACUCAUUGCUAUUGUGUGGUCAUUAUUGUACAAGUAUAUGUCAUUCGUAUGACCUCGAGCAUUUAGAUUUUAAAUGCAUGAAGCCAUGUGACAAAUCCUGCAUUUAUAAUCAUCCAUGUGAAAAAAUAUGUUUUAUGGAUUGCGGAAAGUGURCUGUGUCAAUGAUCAGAGAAUUACCAUGUGGUCACCAAAUGACAUUACAAUGUUAUGUAGAUGUUCUUACUUUUCCAUGUGAAGAAAUGGUAGAAACAGUACUAGAAAAAUGUGGUCAUAGAAUUUUAAAAAAAUGUCAUGACCAAAAACCUAGUUGUUCAUAUAAAUGUAUGGAUCGAUUAGAUUGUGGUCAUGCUUGUGAAAAAAAUUGUCACAAGAAUGAUGAUCCUGAUCAUGAAGAGUAUAAAUGCUUAAAACCUUGUGAAAUUAUUCACAAAAAGUGCUCUUCAAAUCACAAAUGCCAAAAGAUGUGUUAUGAAGAUUGUUCAUUAUAUUGUGAUUUCAAAGUUCAGAUAAAUCUGCCUUGUGGGMACAUCAUGAAUGAUAGUCCUUGUGGAUUAAAUAUUGAUGAGAUUAAAUGUAUUCUCCCAUGUGAUCGUCAAUUAAAAUGCAACCAUAAGUGUCAAUCUAAAUGCUAUGAAAAAUGUAGACCUUGUGAGAAUCAAGUAUUAAAAGUUAUUCCUGACUGUGGCCAUUCAAUUACAAUGAAAUGUACAACUAAACCAGAACAUAAACAUUGCACAAAGAAAUGCGAACGAAUUUUAGAAUGUGGGCAUUUGUGUAAAAAGUUAUGUGCAGAUGAGUGUACAAAUACAGACUGUGAAGAAAUAGUAUUGCAAAAGAAUAGCUUACUCGCUUGUGGUCAUAAUAAAAUUUGGGUUUUAUGUWGUGACAAGAAUAAAGAGUUCAGAAUGGACAGUCAAUAUCUUCUUGAUAAAUGUCGUGAACCAUGUUUACAAAAAUUAAAUUGCAAUGAUAUUUGUUUGGGAACAUGUGGAGAAUGUAAACAAGGACGUAUACAUAUACCUUGCAGUAACAUUUGCAGCAAGAUAAAUCCAUGCAAUCAUAUAUGUAAAUUCCCCUGUAAAGAACAAUGUCCACCUUGUAAUCAAAAAUGCAUCUAUUCUUGCAUGCAUUCUAGAUGUACUCUUCUUUGUGGUAAUCCAUGUAUACCUUGUAAGGAAGAAUGUGAGUGGAAGUGUCCACAUUUGACAUGUACCAGAAAAUGUUAUGAAUUAUGUGAUCGUCAACCUUGUUAUGAACAUUGCACUAUAAAAUUGAAAUGUGGGCAUGAGUGUAUAGGUUUUUGCGGUGAACCUUGUCCUCCGCUAUGUCGUAUUUGUCAAGAAUAUGAAGUUACUACAAUAUAUUUUGGGAAUGAAAAUGAUCCGAAUGCAAGGUUUAUUUAUUUAGAAGAUUGUGCUCACAUAAUAGAAUCUGAUGCUUUAACAAAAUGGAUGAACCAUUAUGAUGAAAAAAUAUGUUUGAAACUAUGUCCAAUAUGUAAGACACCCAUUUUAAGAACCCAACGUUUCAUGAAUCUUGUGAAACUUAUUUUAGAAGACAUAUCAAAAAUAAAAAUAAAACAAUAUGAAGAACUAUCUAUUAUUCGCAGCAAUACAAAAACCAUAAUAAAUUCUUUGAAAUCCUUGAAUAAUAUUUUUGUUUUAAACUAUAUUUGUGAUACAAUUCAUAGGUAUGACAGAGUCAAACAUUUAUGGCAUCUGUUUUGCAAGCCUUUAUUAGGUUCUUAUGGUAGUCAAUAUUCAAAAUUCACUUUACCUGCCAAGGGCAUGGAAUCAUUAAAUUUUGUCAUUUAUUUGUUAGAAACUAUUGAAAAGUUCUAUGAUAGAAUUGAAGAAAUCAAAGAUAGUCAACGAAAACAAACUAUUAUUAAUCACUUCGAUUGGAUUCUUUCUGUAGCUUUCACUUAUGCACAACAGUUGUCAAAUCAGCAAAAAUUUGAUAUCAGCAUGGAGUUGGCACGAGGUGCAAGGAUUAUGAGCUUAUUUGAUAUCAUGACCAGUACAAAAUUUCAAAUUGCUGUUACAACUCAAAUUUCUGACAUAAAUGAUGUUAAAGAAAAUGUAUAUGAUAUGGAGAAUUUAUUAAUGUCAUGUAACAUGUACUCAUUAAGCAAGGAUCAACAUAUACAACAUCUAACAGAAAAAAUCCAGCAAAAAAUUGAUGAUGUUCCUUUAAUAACAGAUGACGAAAGAUGUGUGAUUCACGCCGUGAUGUCCACAAGUUUUGUAGGCGUUGUCAGAGAUCAUGGUCAUUGGUUUAAAUGUUCAAAUGGCCACAUUUAUUGUCAAAUCAUGGCUAAUCAGUCUAUUAAUUGUCCUCAAUGUUAUGACUAAUUAUUAGCAAUCAUAUUUCUGGCGUAAGAUCAACUUCAGAAAUAUUUGUUGCUUGAAUUUUGUUUUAAAGUUGAUUAUUAUA